CCGUGACGUAGUUAGCCAGUAGUAAAUGGCGGUUGCGCUCAGGGUGGACAGUAAACAUUACCACGGUUUAACUGUCGGUUCAUGUGCCGCGCUGACACGAAAUUCACAGCUAAAGAGACGGAAACGAAGCAAACGCGUUAAGUUACGUCGUUGAAUGUUCACGUCCUCAGCUGAGCUGAUGGAAAACGAAGAUGGAGAAAAAGACACGACGGAGUCCGAAGAGGCUGAGCUCCGUCUGAGAGUACAGUCACUGAAGAAGGAGCUUCACGAGUGCAGAGCCGAGCUGGCUAAGUUACAGAAACAACUGAGCCAGUCCGAGAGACUGCAGAGGAGCACGGAGAGCUACAAUGAAGACCUGAGGAAACAGGUUGACCAGCUAAGCGCGGAGAUUCACGAGCGGAAGAAGAAAGAUAGAGACAGAGUCAACAGGGAAACUCAGACAGAAGAACAUGUAUGGACAGAAACUGAUUAUUACAACUACUACUAUGGAGGCUACGAUCAGAACCAAGAGGCUUCGUACUCUCAGGAAGCCUUGAACACAGAUGCAGCAGCAGUGGAAGCAGCAGCAGUGGAUGCAGCAGCAGUGGAUGCAGCUGAUGUUAGCGAGGCAGCAGAGGUUUCAAUGCCAAAUGAAGCAGCGGCUCCUGAUGUGUCAAGUCAACCUGACAACAGUGUUCCAGCUACAACUGAGGAGGCUGAUGGAGGAUCCAUAGCUGAUAUGUUGAGAGCCACAGCUGAAGAAGCUAUGACGCAGACUGGGUUUGUCUUUGAUGAGACUACUGGGAUGUACUAUGACCACAGCACGGGCUUCUACUAUGACUCGGCUAGUCAGUUGUACUAUGAUGCCAACACAGGCAUUUAUUACUACUAUGAUGCGGAGAGUGGACGAUACCAGUUUCAUUCCAGGAUUGAGGUGCCCACUGCACAAACGGCCGCAGAGCUUUGCCAAGACAAGAGCACUGGUGAAAAGAAGGGCAAAAAGUUGAAGAAAGGGUUUAAGAAAACAGCACACCAGGACGAUAAGGAUAUCAUACUCGAUGGGGUAAAGUUGGAAGAAGAAGAAAUUGACUGGGUCGAACAGCAAACAACUAAAAGGACCACUGAAUCACGGAAACUCAAGCGAAGGUCUCGCAGUCCGGAUGUAGCUCCACGUAGAAAAGACUCUUCAAAACACCGGGAGGAGAGCGACAAAUCUUCAUCAAAGAGGAAGAAGCAGAGAAACGGUUCACACUGUGACGAUAAGGGUAGAUCAAAGAAGAAAAAGAAGAAAUCCAAGUCAAAAAAGCAGAAGAAGAAAAAGAGCCCGGCUCUGAGUGAUAACUCAGAGGGGAACAGCGAACCAGAAGAGGGUGAGAUCACAGAGUCGGAGAAAGAGGAGUGGGAAUCCACUCCCUCGGUCUCAUCAUCGUCUAGCUCGCCCUCCAAAGAAAGCCCAGAGUCUGAUAUGGAGAUUCAAAAUCAGGAAGUUUGGCCGCCCUGUGUCAGAGUGACAGUGGUCAGAUCUCCCGUGCUGCAGGUGGGCACCCUGUUCAUCAUCACGGCCGACUCUCCAGCCACCAUCGGCAGAGAGAAAGAUAUGGACCAUGCAGUCCGAAUACCAGAAAUUGGAGUCAGCAAGUUCCACGCUGAGGUUCACUUUGACCAAGAGCAGCAGUGUUACAUGUUGGUAGACCAGGGAAGCCAGAAUGGAACAGUCAUCAACGGCAACAGGAUCUUACAGCCCAAAACCAAGUGUGAGCCACAUGCACUGAUGCACGGCGAUGAGGUAAAGAUGGGAGAGACCGUGCUGUCCUUCCAUAUCCACUCAGGGACGGAUACCUGUGAUGGCUGUGAGCCAGGUCAGGUGAUGGCUCACAUCGGCAAGCACAGGAGAGAGGAGCAGACAGGCCCUACACUCACCAAAGAGGAUAAAGAAGCACUGAGACAAAAGGAGCUGAAGCAGAUGAAGGCUAAAUAUGGCCUGCAGAGCAAUGAGUUUGAAGAGGCCAAAGCCCUGAGGAAAUCCAAAUACAAAGACAGAGCAGAGUCUCGGCGACAGACAGUCGGCAGCGAGGGUGUUUUCCAACGAGAUGAUGCACCCGCUUCUGUUCAUGAGGAAAUCAGCGAAGUCAAUAAAGGACGGAAAAUGCUGGAAAAGAUGGGCUGGAAGAAAGGAGAGGGAUUGGGUAAAGAGGGAACUGGAAUGAAAGACCCGAUUCAGCUGAAAAUAAGAAAGUCCCAGUCAGGUUUGGGGGCUGGUGCCGCCAUGUCUCUAGAUGAUGUCUCUAUGACCAGAUCAAAGUCCCAGAAAAAUUGGGAGAAGGCGCGUGAGAGAUUUGCUGAUUCGUGCCAGCCUGACAUGGUGUCAGCUAAAACACAGAAGAACCAGUCUCCCAAAGCCUGGGUCAGAGGAGAAGAGACUGAAAUAACAAACACAGAAGCGGGUGUCGAUACAGAUGGCCAAAGUUAGGAGUGAGAGUGUAUAGAUUUAUUGUGGAUUUAAGAGCUGGGAGGUUUGAGUAUGAGGAAAGGGAAUCAAUUUACUGUUUACAAAAAUAUGAUAAUACUGUGUUAUUAAAUAAUAUUGAUCACAGAAAUUGAGUGUUAUUUAGCGACUCACGCUGAAGAGAACAGACUAAGACCUCACGUAGGUCACUUUAUACAAUCAACUGUUUGUCCAGUUCUGUGCAUUAACAGUUUGUAAAAAAUCUCUACCAGUGUUGCUGUUUUUUUAAUCCUCUAAGUUAACUGUGUGAAAUGUUUACAGUUUCAAAAAGAACAGCGGUGUGUGUUUCACAAUCCAAUGUGUCUAUAGUCCAACCUACAGGAGGGCAGAGCUGCCACUGUGCCUCCCAGAGCAAAGAUGAUGUGAAUCGCCUCCAGCAAAUAUUAACACAGUGAAGCUAUAUUUCUCACAAUGAGACAACUGAUCAUAUUAAACCAGUCACAACAGCUCUCUGUAACACACUGUCCCAGCUCUCUCUUUUUUUCUUUUUUUUUAA